UUUUGUAUUCUUCGACUGCUUGACGUGAUUUUGGUUUUUAAAUAGUGCACUCUACACACGCUUUUCUUUUCUUGUAGUAGUAAUUCACGUAGUUCUUGUGAAAGUGAAGUUGUUGUUAAAAAGGCAAGUGCAAAAUUGUUUUUGUUCCAAAAGCAAAUUCAAUUAAAAUCAAGUGACAAUGCCAACGAGUGCCGUGUAUCAACCUACGACGGUAACGUACGAGCAGCAGCCUAAUGAUCAACGGUGGAAUUGUCCCAUCAGCUACUUUUCACGACGUGUGACAAGUAGUCUGAACCGGGCCGUUUGUUUGCGCAUAGGAUUGUGUUUAUUGGGCAGCACUUUUUGCGUUAUUGGUUUGGCACUGCUCAUAGCUGGCAUCGUACAGUAUUCGAACACACCAGACACAACGCCAACAGGAUCAGACAAUGGGCUGGGAACGCUGAUUGCGGGUGGUGUUAUAUUGCUUCUUGGAUUAAUAUUUGCCGCUUUCGGUGCUUGGAUAUGGUCGUCACGGCUGACAGGCGGCAAGGAGGCACCCAGCAGUGGUGCUGCUGGGCUGACUGCCCUAAAUCCGUCCACGGACCCCCUGGUGGCGGCCCAGUACGCGCCCGUACGAGACGCCCCGCCCGCUCCUGACGAUGAGAUGCGCAACCUCAUGGACAAUAAAGAAUGCUUGAGCAGCGCGGAAGAAAGCGACAAGAUGUUGGACGGGAGGCCAAGUGUGGCCUAGGCGUUUUAUUUUCAACGCAACACAGUAUUCCGCGAGUGCUUAGGCUAGUCUCGGAUAUUCCCACUGUAAAACUCAAACAAUAAUAUGGUAUACUACAUUCGAAAUACCGGAUUCUCGUGAGACAGCUACAAGUAACAUUUAAUGUAUAUUUAAUAUCCACCUUUCGUGUCCGUAACAUUAAAGUUGAGUUUUUUUUUUUUUUUGUACAGAUUAUAUUAGUUAAUAGACACGAUUUGCUUUGCCGCUAUUUAUUUUUACAGUUUACCAAUUUUGGACUCUUUAAAUAUGUACUUAAGGGUCUAGUUCGCGAAAUCGAUACGUGUUCUAAUCAUGUUUACGACUCGCUAAAACUGUUGUGUUUCAAAUUUUGAAACACCAUGGAUACAUAUUCUCUUUUGUGUAACAUUAUAAAUAGUUCGUUUAUUAAUCACAGUUAUAUUACUUAUCUUUUUUUUUUUGUGGCACCCAAUGUUACAAUAUCCAAUUAUAUAAUAUUUUCAAUUGAUUAAAUUCCUUACAUAUACACAAUGUAUAAUAAUAUCAUAAGUGUUUGAAGUGUUCAGAUAGCGGUACUUAAUACGGACUUUUAUCUAAUUAAAUUCACCUCACUCACGGUUCGUUUUAUCGAUAUUCGAUAAACUAAAGAUAUUGUCUAAAUUGAUUAUUGUAAUUAGUAAAAGACAUGUGGCCAAACUAUCGUCCAUAUUCACAAUACGUUUUAUUCAUAAAAGUAAUGUUUAAAUAUAAGUUUAUCAUAUGAUCUUAAAUAAAUAUAAGCCCCCUCACAUAAGUUUAAAACAUUUUUAAUUUACGAGUAAAUACUAUUUAUUAUUUUACAUGUAAUUUCAAAAGAUGCUUAAAUACUUUACCCUUUUUUUUUAAUGAAAUCCAAGCUCAUUUGUAAUUUUAAUAUAUUUUUAUUAAGCCGUCCCUUGUAGUUAUAAGCGUGUGUAUUGUAUUUCUAGCGGUAUUAUUACUUAUCAAAUGUUUAUAUUUUUCAUGUACGAAAAAUAUUAGUACAAUGACUUAAAUUGUAUGUAUUAAAUGCGUUCAUGAAUUCUUCUAAAUAUUUUUUUAUUAAUCCGUACUAAAUAGAAGUUUUCUUUGUAACUGCAAUAUUAACAGAUGUGUGAAUUAUGGAAUUUUCUGAUAAAAUGCAUACAGUUUCCGGCAAACAUCUUCAAUACGAAUUGGCGCAAUUCAGAAAAGUGCAAGUACAAACCUUCAUUAAUAAUUCAACAUAUUUUUCCCUAAAUCAAGUAAAUAUUAGUAAUAACACUUUUUUGAAAAGUUAAAAUCUUCAAUUACUAUUUGCAUAGAUUGUCAUUUUAAGCUGUAUUCUAAUAGGACCUAGUUUGAUAAAAAAUUGGUAAGAAGAGAUAAAAAAAAGUAUUUCUAUUUCGGUCAACGGUAUAUAUAUUUCUGUAAACAUUUCUACAUUCCGCCUUUUAAUCUUCGAAUAUAAUAUUAUCUGCAAAUACAAUCUUCUAAUGAUAUUAUGAUUAAUUGUUGAAACGUUGGAAUUUAGCUGGAUUUCGGUUAUCUCUUACAGCAUUAGAUCUAUAGUAAUAAAAGCAGAGCUGGUUCAAUAUUAUCAUAAGAAGUUGUAUAGCGAUAAUGAUUAUUGUGCGCGCGAGUGUACUUAUUUGCGAGGCAACGGAACGUGGGCGCCGCGCGGGAGGAAAGCGUCGACUGAUUAUUAUAUUUAAACUAUAACCAAUUAUUGUACGAUGGUAAGGAUAUUUUCUCACUCCGCCGCCCCGCACCCGGAAAAGACAAAUAAAAAAACUAAUUCUAAACAGCCGAGAUGUUUGCUGAGGACUGUACUUAGUAUUAGUUUACUCAUUGCUCUCUUUUAAUAUAAAAUAUAUUUUUUUUGCAACAAAAUUGUGAAAGUAGUUUUAUUUUGAAUAAAAUUGUAAUUUUUUACUUCAAUUUUUUUUUCGAUCCA